AUGGAUUCCUCAAAGGCCCCCGUCAAGCUGGUCAAGGUGACCCGAGUCCUCGGCCGAACCGGCUCCCGUGGUGGUGUCACCCAGGUGCGCGUCGAGUUCAUGGACGACCAGACCCGAUCCAUCAUCCGAAACGUCAAGGGACCCGGUAUGGCAAAUCCUUUUCCUUCUCACAGCGUCGCCAUGUUCAGACCGCCGGCAUGA